UCCAUUUUAGACAAAUGCCCCUUUUUUAGGAUGGUGAUAUUUUUCCUACUAAAUGGCUUUUUUAGUGGGAGCUGCCUUGCUCUUUCCAUCUGAUCUCUGUGCCUGCAUCUCUGAAUGUUUCCAUUCCAGAAAGGAAGGGGAUUCUGGUGCCAGCAGGCAAACUUCAAAAGCUGCAGUGCAGGGAAGUUCACAGUUCUGAGGCAUUUGGAUGAGAAAGAAAUAAAACAACACCAAAACCCCUAAAACUUGUACUGCCAUGAAAAAAUAACAGAAAAACUUGCUUCUUGGUUCCUGUAGUCCUUGUCAUGCUAAAGUGCUGAAAUGGAAUAAUCCUAAAACGAAUCUGAGAUGUUUAGGAGCACCCAAUAACUUUUAAAGAAAAUACAGUGUUUUACCUGUUGAAUGCUGCAGUUGUGCUGUCACACUCGAUGACUUAAAACGGGACUUUUGGGUGCUGUUUAGAUGCAGAACACAGGUAAUAUCUCUCUUUCCCCACAUGCAAUGUGGGGACAUUGACUGUGUUUGUCAUGAACACAAUGGCUGGUGUUUGUCACAUCACAGACCCGAGUGGUACCCGGUAGUCGUGCUCACCCCUACGCCCAGCAUCCUACUCCAGCUCCUGGUGGAGCUGAAUUUGGAUUAGGCAAUUUUUUGCUCUCCAAGUCUCCUAAGAGCCUAUUGAGAGGGAAGGGGAAUGGCUGUUCUUUCCAAGAGCAGCUGAAUGCGGUGCCCUAGUUACCAUGGUUUUUUAAAUGGAGUACUUCAGAGGAUGUACAAAAGCAUCUUUAGUACUUGCAGUACAAGGAGAAUGAAAGGACCUAGAUUGUGUCAGCAGUGUAGCAGAGGCUUAAGUGAGUGUCAUUCAUUUAUUGUUAGAAGAUGACCCAAUUUGGUUUGUAUUUAUGGAGUUGGAGGGGAGAAUGGACCUGUUUCAGAUUACUCUUGAGCUUUAAAUGCACUUACAGGCUUUGUGUAGGAAUUGCAUUGGCUCCUGCUGGGUAAACAGAGCCAUUCCCCAUGAGGAAAUAACAUGAGGGUGUUCCCCAUGUAGUGGAGCAGUGAUGCAUCCUGGCUUGUCUUGUGCUGCCAAAAUGGGUGAUUAAUGCCACGUCUCUCCACAUGGCAAUGUACUGGAUGGGGAAAAAAAAAAUGAGUUGUCAGACAGAACUUGUCCAGUUGAUUUUUAUUUAUUUUUAUUGCAUUUUCCUGCAAGGAUUUUAAAGACUCCAGUUACUAUAUAAUUUACUGGCUAGUUCCAGCUAAGCAGAUCCUUAGCUGAAGGCUGUGGCCCUGCGAAGGACUGGUGAAGGUAAUAGGUUGUGAAGUCUGCACACAGUGGGACGCUUCUUUUGGUUUGGUUUCACACCCCCCCAUCCCCCCCUUCCUGUAAAACAGAGGGUGGUCUGUUUUAAAUGCCACCUGUGUCAUGAUUCAUUGGCUCCUUCUUUUUACCUGGCUGUGAUGGCAAUAUCUGCCUCUCCUCCUGGGAGUCUCCUACUGUCCUUUAAACAGUUUAGGUACUGCUGAGAGGAACAUGUCAUCUGCACAUUCUGUGAAGGAUGUAAUUUCUUGAAUUAUUUUUUUUUCUCCUGCAUGGGUUCCUGUAGUCAUUACAUUAAACUCAAUCCUGAUGAUGCAAAUUGCUUUCAGAAGAGUCCAGAGCAGAAGCAGUUGUGCUUAAACCCAUCUGCAAAUUUGAGAGAGGAAGGGGAGAAGAGGAGCAUGGAAAGCUCAUAAGGAACUGAAGCUUGGUAAAGCUCAGCUUUUUUAGCAAACGCUACAAGUUAGUUCAGAUGGGCCUUGUGUGAAGAGCAGUGGAAAUUUGAGUUGCAUUGUCAAUUCAUUAGCAGCAUUCACAUUCAUUUCAGCGGAGCCAGGGUUGCAAUCUCCCACUAAGCAAUGCUUUAAGUCUGUGCUUCUUCCCCUGGAGAGGCACAUCUGCCUCACAUGCGCUGCAGCCUGCUGUUAAAGGGAGCCCUUUCCCCAUGGAGAGCGGGAGAAAUGCAUCCAUCCCUUCCUACAGCUGCCCCAUCCAGCCACAAUCUGGUCUGCUCCAAAGGUGGGCUGCAUUCCAGCGCUGGAGGUGUAGGGCAGGAUUGUCACUGGGACACUCGCUGGAGGAAGAGAGGGCUGCAAGCACUUAGAGACUGGACUUGUUCCUUUGAAGGUACCAUCAGCUUCCAAGUCUGGAUGUAUCCAAGCACUAGUGCAUCCACGUCCAGGCUGUGCUGGCGCCGCUUGGCUUCUGCAUGAAGGGAAGUUGUUGCUCUAUAAGAAUCAGCAUCCAAUGCUUUUAGGUUUACAGAGAACCUGCUGGCUGGAAAAACCUUUUUGUUUGUGGGCCAAGGUACCAAAAGUAUGUUAAAUGCAGGUGUAUGGCACAGCUGGAGGUGAGGGCUGGCAGGUGGUCUCACAGGGUAGGGUCCCUGGGGUCUGCCAGCACACCAAGGUCAGAGCAGCACCAGGUUGCCUGCAGCAACUGCAGAAUUGAGCAUGUAGGGGCAAACUGGCAUUUUCUCCUUUUCCUGGCUUUCUCGGGAGUGCAGAUGGUAGGUUUUGAUAACUAAAGGCUUAGUACAGAGAGGUCUGUCUAGUGUGGGAUAUGUAAACCUCAGUUCAGGCUUGGAUAUAUUCCUUUUCUGUCUGUAGGAGGUAUAGGCUGAUUAUUCUGUUAUGUUCCUUUUUUCCUUCCUGUUUUUUUAAUUUUAUUUUUCACUCCAAUUUCAUAGUGUUGGUCCAAGUAAAGGGUAAUGAAAAUUAAGUGACUUGGCCUGCCUCUUACACAGCUACUGCCAUGUGUACUUAGCAGUUUAAUGAGAAAUGAGGCAAGGCAGAGCUCAUUUUGCUGUCAAAUAGCCAAACUGGCUGUGUAGGACUUAGGAGUAAGAUGGGAUAGUAAUCAAGUGUGAUGUUGUGGUAUUUAGGGCAAGAUCACAGGAAAAGCAUUGUAUUCCUUUGAACAGGAUGGAGCCUUUCACGUGAUUUUUUUUUUUUUACUUUAAUUCUGUAAUCUUGAUCUGUUAUCUAAGAGCAGGAGGAUGUCCUAAAUUUGGAAAUGUAUUUAAUCUCCUUGAGGAGCAAAAGAUUCCAUCUUGGUCUGUCUAGGGAGCCCUGGUGUCCCCCUGGUGUCGGGCAUCUUGUUUGGCAAAUGCUGGGAGUUGCUGUGCCCAGGGCAAUGCACUGAGAAAACUUUAAACUUGCAUUAGGGCUGGAGGAUUGUGUGUUGCUGUUGGCUCACCUCCAAGGUAUGUUGUGGGCUGUGCAGUGCUUGCCCACACAAUGUCCCUCAGACUUCCCUUCACUGUGUCUCUCAUACCUGAGGAGUCACUCCAGAGCAGCUCUUCACUGGUGCUUCCUACUUGGUGAAAUCUGCCUGUAUGGGUUGUCUGUCAUUGAUCUGGCCCGACUGGUAGGCUGACUCCUUGUGAGCUCACUGGAGUUUUAGAAUAAAUAAAAAAAUAGCUUUAAUGUCGGUGGCCUUGUGUCUGGAGGUUUGGUUACUCCUUUUUCAUUCAUCCUGCUAGCUUUUCUCCUAGUCUUCUUAGGCAUGUGCAGAUUACAAUUUAAUUUCCUCUUCAAUUUAAUAACUUUGAAAGUACUAAAAUCAAUGGCUGUUUUGAGUUGUGAUUGGGAAUGCAAAAACUUUCAUGCCUUUCUCUUCUACAGCAGACAAUGCUUCAGGUGCAAGGGGAAGCAGAGGGCUUGUCCUGUAAAACAAUCCAGUGCACGUCUGCAGCCAGAGUCCCGUUUCAAGCCCUGUGUGUGAGCCUGGGGGACAACAGAGUGUGGAUUGCCUCCUGCCUUGCCUCUUCUCCCAGCCACCUGCGGUGAGCUCUCACGUGCCAGAGGACGAGGGUGGAGGAGAGCAGCCACGUGAAGCUGGGGCCCUGCGGGUGAGCCAGAGGGCUUUUGACUAGUGAGCUGUGGCAACUGGGGGUCCUCACCACCCUGCAGCAGAGACAACUGGCUCCUGCCAGGUAGAUGCCUUCAAGGGAGUGGACAACUCCAGCUGAACUGAUGAAUCUUGGCACCUGAUAAAAGGCUCAGCUUCUGAUAUGAAGAAGGAUAUAGAGUCUUUAAUAGCCCAGGAAAAAGCAGAAAUCGUCGCCAAGUAUGAGAAGGGCAGACAGGAAGGAGCUCAGAUUGACCAGUGGGAAGAUGCCGAGUUCACCCUCUACAAAGUUACAGACCGGUUUGGAUUCCUGCACGAGCAGGAGCUGCCAACCCGCACCGCCUUGGAGGAGAAGCAAAAACAGCAGGAAAUAGAACGUGUGGACAAGUGGCUUAAGAUGCUGAAGAAGUGGGGCAAAUACAGAAACAGUGACAAGAUGUGCCGGCGUGUUUACAAAGGGAUCCCGCUUCAGGUGCGAGGCCAGGUCUGGUCACUUUUGCUGGAUGUCGAGAAGAUGAAGAAGGAGAAUGAAGGAAAAUAUGAGCAAAUGAAAGAACAAGCAAAGAGCUUUUCAUCGGAAAUCAAGCAGAUAGAUUUGGAUGUUAACCGCACCUUCCGAAACCACAUCAUGUUUCGGGAUCGCUACGGAGUGAAGCAACAGGCACUCUUCCACGUCCUGUCAGCAUACUCAGUUUAUAACACUGAAGUGAGCUACUGCCAAGGGAUGAGCCAGAUUGCAGCCAUCCUCCUGAUGUACUUGAACGAAGAGGAUGCGUUCUGGGCGCUGGCACAGCUGCUCACCAACCAGCGCCACGCCAUGCACGGUUUUUUCAUUCCUGGGUUCCCGAAGCUGCAGAGGUUUCAAGCCCACCACGAGCAAAUUUUAAACAAACUGUUCCCCAAACUGAAGAAGCACAUGGACAAAGAGCAGAUGACCACUGGGAUUUACACAACCAAGUGGUUCCUGCAGUGUUUCAUUGACCGGACCCCAUUCACGCUGACCUUGCGGCUGUGGGAUAUCUACAUCCUGGAAGGGGAGCGGGUGCUGACAGCCAUGGCUUACACCAUCCUCAAACUGCACAAAAAGCGCUUGCUGAAGAUGACACUGGAAGAUUUACGUGAAUUUCUGCAGGAGAAAAUUGCUGCUUCCCUGCAGUACGAGGAUGAUGUUGUCAUCGAGCAGCUGCAGGUGUCAAUGACUGAACUGCGCAAGAUGAAGUUUGACCUGCCCCCACCAGCAAAGCCUGAGGAGUUUCCAAGGAAACCCUUGGGCCUGGAGCUCUCCCUCAACCCAGUAGCCAUAAAGGAAAACACAGCAGCCAAUGGCCAGAAUGGCCAGCUGGGUGAGCGCACUUCAGACAGGGAGCCCCAAACCCACAGAGUUCCUGGCACACCAGGAGGAAUGACCGUGGUGGAAGCGAGGAUUCUCACCUUCCAGGGUAGUGAAGCAGCUGAAGCCACGAAUGUGCCUGUUUCGGGUGGGCAGCCACCAGAUGAGGACGGUCAGGUGGAGCCCAUCAUGGACGGGCAGCCAUCAUCUCUUCUGAAGGCAAGUGAGACGCAAGCCCAGCAACACCUUCUGCCCACGGUCCUGCCUCCAGAGCAGCCUCUUCUUGCUCCUGGCUGUGCCAUGGUGGACCACGGAGUCUCUGUCCAUGCCCCAGCUGAGCACAGCUCUUUAGACUCCUCUCUCCAAAACAGGCCGGCUCCUCCUGACUCCAGCCCCGCCGAGCUUUCCGCUACAGACCAGGCAGCGUGGCAGCCAAAUCCCGCUGCCCUGCCAGCAGGAGAACAGGCAUCUUCCCUGAGCACAGACACAGCGCUCGAAGGAGCUCCCCAUCCUCUGCCAGCCGGCUGCCGGCAGCUCUCCUGCACGUCACAGAGCGAUGGCUCCCCCGAGAGCGAGCACGGGGAGGAGGCAGCGGAUGACAGGCACUGCAGGGCGGUGCUGCCGGACAAAAUGGGCCUGAAGCGCUCAGCAUCCAAAGCUGCAUCCACAGGAGAGCUCCUCAGCCUGCAGCACGAUGGGCUGGGCAGUGCCACCAGCACGAUGCGUUGGCCCAAGGCCGUGGGCGUGCUGCCCGCGCACAGGCAGGCGGGGGGCAGUGUGCCCAUCUUGUCCAGCGGAGAGCCGGAGGCAGCAGGGCUGGCCGAGGGCUGCCCCGCCCAGCGGGCACCGUCCCCUGUGGUGGAAGGGAACAGCCCCUAUGUUGUUAUCAAAACCACCACCCCCCUCCACCUGGCCCAUGCGACAGAGCAGGACUUCUUGAACAGAAAGCAGGUGGCAUUGCCUCUGUCAGAGACUGGACAUCCUCUGCCUACCACCUCCAUGCCACCACCUCUUAUGCUGGACCCAGAGGAGGUAGAGGUCCAGAAAAGCCUCCAGAAACCAUUAAAUGCACUGAAAGCCCCACGACCCCCGCUGAGCCCCAAACCAAAAUUACCGCCGCAGGUUGCCAAAUCCCGCUCAGAGAACAGUUUCCUUUCAGGCUCUUCUUCCCUGGCAAAGCUGCCCAAAUCGGUGACGUUCUAGUGGGGAUGGGGAAGGGGAAGUUAAGGGAGAAGAAGUGGGUUCUGAAGAAGCACCCUUGCCCCAUUUACAGGAUCCCCUUCUGUCAGCAGGGCUGUCAGGGUGACAGCACAGCACCAUCGCACGUCAAGCUGUGCUUUGGUACGAGCGCCCAGCGAGGAGACAAAGCGGUGGCCACCAGCGCUAGGAGACACCAGCAGAUUGGAUUUGCAUGUUUCCUAUGGACAGAUUGGAAAAUGCUUUCAUUUUUUGUUCCUCAAAGCUCCCCAGGUCUCAUGACUUGGGGGAAGAGGCAGGGCUGGUGAGUUGGUUGCGUGUUUUCUCCUGCUCCUUUCUGCUGUGGGAACCCACGACCAAGUAAGCACAGGCACAAGGUGUCAGAAUCCAAAACGCUUUCUUUACAAUGCCUCAUCGGCACAGCUACAGCAUCGCAUUCAAAGGCCUUUGUAGCAAUAGAUCUUUAUUUCAUUUCCCAGACCUGUAGUUGUAGGCAGCAGAAUUUUCAGGCAGUGCCAUGGCAUCCUGGCAGGACACAGGCAGUCUGCUGCCCCCUCUAUGCAAUUCCACGAAGCAGUGCCCAGCUGUAUCUGGCUCCUGCUGCCGUGGUGGAUGGCGUUUAGGCAGACAGAUAUAACAGCUGCUGAGUCUCUUGGACACCUUGGUCACCCCAGUGGGGGGCUGCCAGCACAGUGGUUCUUUCCCAGGUUCUCAGGGUGACAAGGACAGUGAUGAAGGUGAAGCCUGGUCUCUUGGGCUGAGUGCCCUUUCUGCUGGCCUUUUCUUCCCAGCGCCAGCGCAGCGAGCAGGCUCGCUGCCUUUCUGUUCCCCAAACAGGAGAAGGGGCUGCUGGCUCGGGAAACCUGCCUGCAUUACCAAGCUGCUGGACGUCAUGUGAUGGCAUCUAAUCACAGUGCCCCAGAUAAGUCCACUUUUGCUUUGAGUAAGUUAAGUGUCAGAGUGGAAAGGGCAUAGGAAUUGGGGAAGGCAGAGCACAUUGCCCAGAACAUGAUCUUAGCCCUUCUGGUUGAGAAUUAACAACAGGAAGGAAACUUGGACAUGAUGGGUGCCCACAUGCCCCCUUGCCCUUCAUGCACCAAGUCCUAGAGGUCUGUCCAUCUCCUCCCAUCCCAAGGUGCAGGUGCUGCACAGCCCAGGCCAUUGGCUGGAGAUGUGCAGGGAUCUGGGGAGACAUCCCAUAGAAAGAGCUGGUCCAAAGUUCUGGUUCCAGCAUCUACUUCACCCUUGGAGCUGAAAGGACUUCAUCAGGAAGGCAGAUCAGUGAAAAAGCAGGAAGUAGUCCAGAUAUGCUGGAUUUGACUUUGCUGUCCAGAAGGGGUAGCUGCAAGUGCCACCUUAGGCGGGACUGCAAGUGGGAUUCCCAUUUCUUCAACAGAGAUCCUGGGCAAAAGCUCCUUUAAGUUUUAAGGAGAUUUUGAAAACUAAUUUUUUUAUCUCACAGGCUGCUUCAAUUGCAUAACCUGAUCUAAAAGCCCACCUGAAAGCCCAGCAGAAAACUUCCACUAAAUUACUUUGUGGGUUCUAGGAGCUGGACUUGAUGAUCCUGGUGGAUCCCUUCCAGCUCAGCAUAUUCUAUGUUUCUAUGAUUUAUCAGGGUUUAUUUUGCCUUGUGUACAUGUGGUGGUUUAUGUUUGCAGCAGGGAGUGUCAAAGGGAGCACUGGAUUUUUGUUUGGAUGUAGCCAGCCAGACCACAGCACCCUCAGCUUUCAUUGGAACCCCAGCUCUGUCCCAGGCCCCAUCUUCCACUGAGCCUCCAACCUUGCCCAUCCUCUCCCUCUGCAGAGCAGGGAUAACCCUAUUAGCUACCUCGCAGGGGUGUUGUGAGGAGUCAAGCAUUGCUGUUUGAGGAAAAGUGCUCUUUGAAUGUUCAGUAUUUGUGUUUUGAGACACCACAAGUCCUUUCUAGGACAAUGGUGCUUGAAUUGUUUUUAAUUUAGAGUAUGUUUUUCCAUAACUGUGCAUAGUUAAACGUUAUUUGUGUGUUAAAAUACCUGAGCAGUAUUUCAGGACAGAUAUUCAUUGCCUUUUGCUAGCAGCCCACUGGCCACAGGAGCUCACUGGGAAGCAACAAGAACCAUCUGAGAGCUGUUGGUCACAUCUUGACUUGGCUUCUGUAGCUUAGGGCUCUGUCCUCUCCUUGAAGCCCACAUAGGACUCCUUCUAAUGCAUCUGAGCAUCAUGCAUGCAAGAGCUGAGACCUCUUUCCCCACGUUUUAACCCAUUUGCCCUCAUUUCAGGCACACAGCCUUUGCACAUCAUGUUGCUUGUGCACCCAGACUCCUCACACAGUGUGUCGGGGAUGUUUUGCAGUAUUAACGUUUAAAAAGGUGGUUUCCUCUAAUUUUGGAGAGCUGUCAAAUGCACAGUACUCAUUGCAUGACAUUUGGUGCAUGAUGUUCAACAUGAAUUUUGACAAGGAAUGGGGUGGGAGUUGUCCUUCUCUCCAAGCCCAGUGGGAAUGAGCAGCAAGGUCCUCAGUCAUCUUCAGGCCUGGGGGAGCCACCAGCAACAUGCAUUGCCAUCCUUGGUGUGAUGCUCUCACUGGGACACAUCAAUGCAUGAUCCCCAAGGAGAUGCCCGCUCCUGUCUUCUCCUCUGCCUCUUGCUGCAGAUAAAGCUGCAGCUGUGGUGGGUCUGUGGCCACAAGGGCUGGCCCAGCCUCAGCUCUUUUGCUGGGAAUAGGAAGGGAAGGGGCAGGAUGAGGGUGGCAGCUCAGCAGGACAAAUUACCUAACUAAGCCACUUGCAGCCCUGCCUAGCAUCCUGCAACAGUCUCGACCCCUCAGCAAAAACCACUCGUACUGUAAGCAGACAUGGGAAAGCAGCUCCUCCCAUCGUUGCCCUUGCAGCUCUGACACAAUGCUGGCCUUGCUGCCUUCCAUGUAGAGGUAAAGACCAACGCUGUGGGUUUGGGUUUCUUAGGUUUAGUUUGUUUUUCUUUGUGUUUGUUUGUGAUAGAGCACUUUGAGUGGCUGCAGCACUGGCAGACAGCAGGAGCCACGGGACCCAGCUCCAGCAGGGGCCUGAGGUUGAGGUUAGAGUUUCUUGGCCAUGCACUUUGAGAGCCUGGCUACCGUCUGCUUUCCUUUUUAUUUGCUAUUCUUGUUUACAGCGUGGAACGCUUCUUCCAUGACUCUUUCUAAUGUAUUGUAAUUAUUACUUUUAAGAAAAAACAUUUCUAUGUCUGCUUUUUUGUUUGUUCAGUUUGGUUUUUUUAAGAAAGGGGUUUUUUGGGAAAAAAAAGUCAAUCAUUCCUUUUUAUGCUGAUCCAGACUGUCCAGAGUGUUUGAUGCUGUGUUUUACAUGGUUGUAGUAAUAAUAGUUAAAGAAGUUUAGCAUAAAUUCAGACUCCACGAGGUUUCUUACAGGAACAGAAGCUGCACCAAGACUGGUUGCCUUCUCCUGAUGACUUUUAGCUUGGUUCACUGUGUAUGCUUCAGCUGCAACAGGUCCAUCCUGCUCCAUCUCUGCUUUCCUCCCUGAUUUUCUAAUGUAAUUAAAUCCAGGCAUCCCCGGCAGCAGUGAAAAGGAAAAUGCUCUUUUCUACUUACCACCGUCCUCUCCCAGCUGAGCAAAGGGCAGCAUCCCUUCUGAAACACAGCUGCUGAUCAGCAGCACUGCUGAAGCUUGGUUUUUGGCCAAGGUUUUGUGUUUGGAGUUUGUUUUCCUGCCUGUAGGCAGUGUAGGGAGGUUGGAUGGGAGUGGGAGCGAGUGGACACAGCUCCUCGCACAGCGGGUGGGUGGGUGGGUGCGGCUCACACUCAUGAGUCAGGGCUGAGCUGAGUCACGUUUACAGCAGCCUCUGGGAGUGUAAGGUGGUGCUGCUGACAGCUGAAGAUGCAUUUUAAAAAGCUGUGCGUGAGCAGAACCUCUGACACACCCCAGACUUCAUAGCCAGGGCUUCCUGGGCUUAGAUGACAAUGGUACUGCUGCCUUUGAGGUGUUAAAUGUGAGCACUGAGCAGUGUUCUGGCUCCCCUUAGAGAAAGCUACCGCUUAGUGUUAAGCGGCAUGUUUGUGGUAAACACAGGCCGUCUGUCUCUGCCAGAGUAGCGAAGAGGGCACAAAGACUGACAGCAGAUGGAGGGGGCAGAAGCAGCGAAAUAGAACCCUAGGAUUUAAGAGCAGUGCCUGAGAUUGGCAUCCCCAUGUGUCUAUCACCCACUGAGUGCUGUAGGCUGGUUUUCCUGCUUCUAUUACUGUCCUGCCACACCUAGGAGGUCAAACAGGAACAAAAAUUGUUCUCCAGUGCCCUUAAAUUAGCUCAUUUAUAUUAACAGGAUCAAACCUGGUCCGAAACACCACAGAAAAAUAAAAAGAAAGCCCCAGCACUACUGAACACCACAGUGUUUACUGUCACAGAAGCAGCCUGAGGAUGCAGCUCUCAGCACAUCUCCUGUGUCAUUUCACACUGGAUGCCAGCACAGGGAUGCAGCAUUGUGACCAAGGGUGAGAUCCCCAGGCUGGAGUGAAGCAAACCUCAUCCCUCCUGUGUUCCAGGUGCUCACAAACAGCCUCAUUGCAUAAGCUGCUUUGUGUCACAUUCCCAGCCACCGGCUCCCGUGAACCUGUUGGCUUUCAGGCAGUGCCAGGUGGGACCAGGUUUGAACAUCUGCCACGGUUACUUAUGUGACAGGCAGUGCAGGGUUUAGAAAUGGCAUUUAUCCAACUGCUAAAACAGCAUCCCUGUCAAGGAGAGAGCAGAAGUGUCCAAAAGGGCAGCUUCUCCUAGGGAAGGUAAGUUGUUGUUUGAAGGUUGAAGGUUUGAAGGUUGUUUUUCUCCAUUAAACAGCCUUGGUUCACUUGGUUGUUGAAAAAAAAUGGAAGAAGAUAUUGCUUAUUGGCAUCCUUGAUUCCCAGGCCCCCUGCAUUUGCCCGUUUGUGGCCUUGUGGCUGUGGUACUCUUACCCUGUCCCUGCAGGGACCAGGGAUAGGCAUGGCUCCACCACCUCCUCUUACAGCGUCCCUCCAGCUAGAGCAGGAGCCACAGAGGUACCCAGCCUUGAACUGGUGCUUGAUGGGGCUCUCAGAUAUGGGUUUGGGGAGCCAAGCACCCACUGCAGAGAGUCCUUCCCCUCCUGUGCCCCCAAGGGCCUGACUGCUGCUGGCAGGGGACAAAGAUUAGGACAAUUCCAAAGCCCAAGGUUACAGGUUACUUGAUGGACAGUAUUGGGACCAGCAGCAAAUGAGCGUCAUAGAUGGUGUUGAGGCUGCUGCUUAAAUCCUAGUGAUCUUAUCAGCCACUGACUGGUCCUCCCGCUGCCUCUUCCUCUGCACUUGGUGUUAGCCAGUAUUAUCAUCCCCCUUUUCCUGGUGGAGCCAUUGCUGUCCUCACAGCAGCUCUCCAGCUCCCAGGGCUGGUCCCCAAGGCAGAAUUGCAGACUCCCCAAGCUGUACUCAGCUUUGGUGUCCUGGCAGCCCCCUGUAGCUCCUGUCCUUCCUGACUCAGGAACAGCCAAACCAGCAGGCCCAGGAGCUGGGACAGGCAGGAGACCAGGCCUGUCCUGCUCGCUCUCAGCCACGCCCUGGCUAUGCUCGUCACCAUCCCUGCCCACCUCCCACAACAUGACACAGAACGCUCAUCAACUGCUGCGUGCCUCCACAAGGCUUCAGCCACUUGGCCCUGAAUAAUUGAUGCUAAGUGGAGCCUGGAGCAGAGAAGCUGAGGCAGGGAGCAAGGCUUUGUGCUGCUUUAGGCUCUGCUCCCAGGAUAUAGCAGGGGGAGAGAGAUGGGUAUGCUGUGUCUGGCAGCUUUGUGCCCCAGCCAGUUUGGCAGAGGCAGUUGGAGUUUGGCUGGCCUGGGAGCGUUCCUCCUCUUGGCCUUGCAGUGCUGCUCAUGUGCUGCUGUGUCCUACUGCCAUGGUGGUGCUGCUGUGCCGUCAUCUGUCACCUGCUGCUGUGGCACCUGUGGGAGCUGCAUGCUGCUGUUGUGCUGCUCUCGUGCUCCUUGUGUACUGCAGAGGGGCCAUGGCAGCAGUGGAUGGGACUUGGGGAGCAGAGCAAAGGCACCCCUAGACCCAGCAGCCCUUGAUAGGGCUGGUACCGUGCCUCUCCUAAGCUACAAACCCUGUACUCAACCCAUUGCAACAGCAAAGUAAUUGCACAUGGGGCCAAGCACAUCUGCCUCUUCCCCUUCCCACCAGUUGCUGGGGGCCAGGAUGGUGGCUGUCACACCAUCCUCUGAGCAGUGUCACCCGCUUCCUACAGCACAUCCCCAAGCAUAAAGCAGUGUAUGGAGAAAAUAACAGCCUGGCAGUUUAAAGAGGCAGGUCUGACUGCAUCCCAAACCAUCUCCCAAAUCCUACUGCCUCAGCGGCCGAGGUGGCCCACAGGGCAUACACUAGCAUCCUCUUCACCUGGAAGGAUGUGCAUACCCGGGGACAACCAAACCACAGCUGAAACAUCUCACCAGGAGAUGCAGCAGGUGGACCUAUCCCAUGGGCAUCCUUACUCACUGGCAGCAGUUACAAAAGAGCCCAAGAUGGGGAUGGAGAAGGCUUAGAAGGCACACACAAAGACAUGAGUCCAAGGGAGUCACUAAAGCCUGGCUAUUCUUCCACAUAGUUAAACAGGCUCCUCCUAAGACACGGAGAAAAGUCAACCAAGAAACUUCCAAUUUUGUCCAAAACUGCUAUGAGCUCCCUUAGAGGUACCUGUGGCUACAUGGGAUGCAAUAUCACAAGUCCCCCUUCCAACCAUUCCAUUAAGAGCCUGGGCUACUCUGGUGCUCUGGAGACAACUCAGCCUGGCCUCACAUCAGAGCCCUGCUCCUGGAACAUCUAAGCCUACAGACUUGGGGAAGCUGAGUGGCUUUGCUUACCUUUAUGGUGAAGGCAAGAAGUACAGAAGUACUGCUUAGGCUGGAAAGGUUUGCAGCAGUGCUGCAGUCCAGAAGGGAAACCUGGUCUGCUCCUCUGCCCAACCACACUGCAGGUGAGGAGGAUGAGGCCAGCAUUUAGCCAAAGCUGCUCUGUAAUACUCAGCCUUUCAUUCAGCUGCCCCCACCACCACCCUCACAUCUCAGGUCUCAUUCCAGCACUGAGUCACUGCUGCCAGCUCCUGCGCAACCCAGGUCUUUGCCAAAGCCCUCGGCAAGCACCAUGCACUCACCUGCUUUGGAGUCACCCUCUCUGCUGGCUUAGGAGAACCCUCCUGUGGAAGCCCUCACAGACCAAAAGGCAUGAGAUCUGUUCCAGCACUUGAUCAGCAUCUUUAAGGACUUGUAAGCAAUUCUGGCAGUUGACUCAGCUGUGAUGUCUCUGGAGCCCCAACCCCUCUGUAAAAGGGUGUGGGGCACUUGAAUGAUGUGAGAGAACAUGCAUCAUAUGUCUGUCCUGAGACAUCUGGACCUGACCAGACUAGAACAGACCUUGUCAGCUAUUCUGUAAUUUAAGUAUGGGUUCAAAGGUGGCACUCCUCCAUCAUGGGAUAUGCAGUCUCAACAUAAUCAGUAGGAGGCUGACUGAAGCCUUCUUGGAGCUGGUCUUCAUACUGACUGGAGAUCCACAGCACAGCACAAGUUUAGUUCAGCUUUGCCAUGGCCAGCUGAAGAAAGCACAACAGCCAGAAAUGAGCUGAUGUACUCAAAUAUAGCAAAACGCUCACCUCUGUGGACUCUUUUCCAGCUUCAGCUAUGCAACAGGAAUAAUCAAAAUACAUUCUGCUCUCCUGAGCUCGUGCCUCUGAAGCAGAACUGAGGUACACAACAGACUCCUUAUCAUAAGGGAAACAACUGCAGCAUCUGAAAACUUCAUCUUCCAGUCCAGAUACUUCUAGAACAGAUGUACCUUGAGUAACUGGGGAAAUGCAAACCCCUCAAUUUCUUCUCCAAACCUACAUUCACUCCAGUGAAACUGUUAUCCUGGUAUUACUUUCAGACUUGAGAAGUUCAGCUAGCACAUCAGAACACAUGUGAGCUCAUGUACCCACCUCCUGCCUGUCAGGGGCCAGCAAGAUGAUGUCCUGUCCCUGGAUCAGCAGCACCAAGGUAGCAAGUGAAAAAGCCAAGUCAAGAGUAACAACUCCACCUGGGAGAAGUGGUACAGUCUGUUUUUUGCCAACAGUAAAGAUCAGACCAGAUCACAGCUGAUGUAGCUUGAUCUGUCAUGAUUUUCCUCCUGGAACAAAGAUGCAGUAUGACAAUACACAAUUAAUAUGUGGUUUUUGGAGAAGAUCUGUGGUGCCAAGCUUUUAGCACCUCCUUUUGCUCCUAACCUACCUCCAACUUUUAGCAUGGACUUGAACAAUGACCUGAGUCUGGAUUUCUUGUGACCCAAUUACAGCAAAAAACUAACCAGCUCCUGUGAUGGUCUGUCACUGACCAGGACUGUCAGACAAGCUUAAAAAUCUUACCCUCAGUGCAGAAACCUCUCUGAAAGGGAGAUGCUCUUACUUCAGCUUCCUGCUCCUCACCAAACUGUCCUAAGUAGUUUGUAUUCUGGCCACUGCUGUUCUAGCAUAUCCUCACCAAGAUGUGCCAGUUUCUUGGAACUGCAGCUUUUACCUGCCCUGUGAAGACACCUUGGCCCUGGCACUCCCUGGAACUCCUCAGCUUCCUUGACCGCAGCUCCCAGUACUUGACUGUGACAUUUGUCUCCCAGCCAGAAAUGAGAGGAGACUCUCAGCGGUUAAAGCCACCCAGUCCUCAAGAGAGCCCCAGAGUGUUAGUUCUCCUCUGAAGGCCUCCACGUAGAUCUAUCCCGUUCUUCACCAAGGGCCUGGGGAAGAAAGAAAUAAGUCCUACUGCAGAUGAAGAGCACCAGGUUCCUAGUGCAGUAACACUACCAAGCAAGGGCCCCCACGUCAUCUUCUAGAAGGACAAAAUACUGCUGUCCUGUGGCCAGUUGUGCACGAGAUACCAACUUCAGGAACAACCCCCAUACUUCUGGUCUUCACACUUGAAACAACUCAGAGUGGGAGGUUUCCUGGGAGUCUCUGGUCCAGUCCCACCAUGUAACACUAGGUUCAGCAUCUUCAGCAGUCCUCCAGCACAGGGACAGACACUGCUGUAAACAGCACACCCAGCUAAAGGCAUGGCACUCUCCCCUCAGGCAACUUCUCCCACUCCAGGAGCUGGUAUCAGCCCUUCUGCAUGGACAGGGUGCCAGGCAGCUGCAGCCAGGGUGGGGGCUGUGCCCUACAGCAGUUCAGAGCAGGCAUUUACAGAAAGCAAGCCAUUAGCACAAGUCCUCUCUUGCCCAGGCCAAAAGCAAAGACAGUACCCCCAAGGAGCAUGGGAGUCAAAUUCUGUUGCAUUAAUUCUGCCGCUGCCUGGCAUGAUGGAGGAUGGGGAGUGGGAUAGGAGGUUGCUUGCAAGGAUGUCGGGAAGCCCUGGGUGGGCUGUGGCUUUGUGCUGGGGGCGACCAGGGUUUCUUUACUGGUUUUGCCAUGUGAGGCAUGUGACUCACACACCACCUUCGCUGCUCCCAACCCAGACCAACCUUGGCUGCCAAACCCAGGACCUGUUCAGGCCUGGGCUAGCCCUUGCAGAACAGCUCCCUGCUGCACUCAGCUGGAUCACCUUCCCCCUUUGAUGCUUCUAAUUCUGGAUGCCAGGUAAAUUAGCCUGUGCAACAGCUUGGAAGAGGGAAAGACAGCGAGUACUAAGCUACCAACUGCACUGAAUGCAAUGCCUUGUCUUGGGGCUGCAAGUAAAAGGCACGUAGGUCAGACCUCAGGCAAAAACCCCAAAGGAGCAGAGCUGAGCAAAGACAGGGCUCCAAGCAGAUUAGCCCUAAUCCAAAACACUCUUACCCACUUGAAACCCAGGGACUGGAAGCCUGAGUCCUUUAGUCUUAGUUGCUGAGCAGCCAGACAGCUUCUGCAGUGCAGGAGAGCCCUUCUGGACACGCUCACCAGUCAGGAAGCCGUGCACAGGGCAGAUGAGGAUUUGCUUACCUGUACAUACUGGAGCAGCCCAAGGAGUAUGUGCUGUACAGGUGUUAGCACACCUAGGGCUGGAAGGGACCAAAAAGUCCCAAUUCUACCUCUAGAGCACAACACAUGAGAGAGGUCUUGUGCUAGAAAGAGCUGGCAGGAAAGGAAUCAGGGAAGCAACAAACUGGUACCAGCUGAGGUGAAAGCAGCUCUCGAAUCUCCUCAUGAUGCUUCUUCCCUUCCAAGCAUUGCAUCUGAGGCCAUAAAUCCUACAAGGACUAAGCUGAAAGCAAAGCACUCAAGGGGUGCCAAGGACAGGCUUGGACUGGUUGCACUCUUCCACCCUCCCAAAAUUUGGGGCCAGCAGACUUCCAGGUGGGCUGAGGAGGACAUGACAAAUACUUGCUGGAGACAGAGACAAGCUGUCUUGCUGUGAGAGCUUGUCUCUCCCACCCCGAUCACCUCCAUGAUCUACAGCAUGACCUUGGUCUGUGGAGAGAAAAUCUCAGCACCCUUUCCUCCCUGCCAUCCCACCAGUGAUCCUUCCAGAGCACCAGCAGCAGCAGCCUCUGGAAGGAGGACACAGCCAUCAAGGUGAUUUGUUGAGACGAUCAAAUAAUAAUUUACUGUGAUUCAAUCUGUGGCUUUGUACAGUUGCCGGGGUGGGAGGAGACCAAAGGAUGAGGGGAUGGGGAUUAAAAAAAAAAAAAAAA